AUGUCAGCUGUCAAUGAAACCAAAUUCAACCCUGCCGUUUUCUUUCUCACCGGGAUACCUGGGAAGGAAGACGUCCAUCUCUGGAUCUCUAUCCCCUUCUGCUUUGUGUAUGUUACUUCAAUAAUAGGAAAUUCACUCAUUCUGUUUGUUAUAAAAACAGAUCCAAGCCUCCAUGAGCCCAUGUACAUUUUCCUUUCCAUGUUGGCCUUCACAGACCUUGGUUUAUCGAUAACCACCAUACCGACGACACUGGGUAUAUACUUGUUUAACUCUAGGGAAAUCAGCCUCAAUGCUUGUUUUACCCAGAUGUUCUUUAUCCACUUUCUCGCAACAAUUGAAUCCGCCAUGCUUUUGAUGAUGGCCUUUGAUCGCUUCGUUGCAAUCUGUAACCCACUGAGAUAUGCUUCCAUCUUAACCCUGCCGAGAAUAGCCAAGAUGGGGUUGGUGGUUGUGCUAAGAGGUGUGGCCAUAGAAUUACCAUUCCCCUUACUCCUGAAACAGUUCCAAUACUGUCGAGAAAACGUCCUCUCCCAUUCUUACUGCCUGUACCAGGACAUCAUGAAGUUGGCAUGUGCGGACAUCACAGUCAAUAACAUCCAUGGCUUAUUUGUUACACUCAUAACUCUGUGGUUGGACUCACUGCUCAUCUUCCUCUCUUAUGUGAUGAUCCUCAAAGCAGUGCUAAGCAUCGCAUCCCACAUGGAGUGCCUCAGGGCCUUGAACACCUGCGUCUCCCACCUCUGCGCCGUCCUGGUCUUCUACAUGCCAGAGUUCAGCCUGACUGUCAUACACAGAUUCUGGAGGGGCUCUUCUCCCUUGCUUCAAAUUCUCCUGGGCUACACCUACUUGCUGGGCCCGCCCCUGAUUAAUCCAAUAGUGUACAGUGUGAAAAGCAAACACCUUCGUGCAAGGAUAAUUAGGGUGUUUGUCAAAUGA